AUAGUCUCUGGUCUCUUAACUCGCCUUCUAUGGAAGCUCAAGUGUUUAUAAUCUUCCAUUAAAACCCUAAAAUACUUUUUCAAUUUCUUCUUCCAAUUUGCUUCUUUUCUCUUCCGAUACAAAUAUUCAUUUUUGGGUUACUUCGAUUCCUUUAAAGCUUUAGAAAACAUGAUCCGUUCUUCGAUUGUAAUUUUAUCUCUGUUACUAAUUUCACACUUGGUUUCUGCAAAAGUUCUGUUGAUCGGUAACAGCACAUCUCUCUCCUUCGACGACGUCGAAGCCACUUUCACUCCGAUGAUUAAGAGAUCGGAUCAAGGCGGUGUGUUGUAUGUAGCAGAGCCACUCGAUGCUUGUUCGGAUUUGGUGAAUACGGUGAAUGUGAAAAAUGGAACUACUGUGUCUCCUCCGUAUGUGUUGAUUAUCCGCGGUGGUUGUAGUUUCGAAGAUAAGAUUAGGAAUGCUCAAAAGGCUGGUUAUAAAGCUGCUAUUGUUUAUGACUAUGAAGAUUUUGGGUUCUUAGUAUCAAUGGCAGGAAACCCCUCUGGUGUACUUAUUUAUGGUACGUUUGUCUCCAAAGCAACUGGGGAAGUACUUAAAGAGUAUGCGGGUCGUACCGAUUUUGAAGUGUGGCUCAUGCCAAGUUUCGAGACUUCAGCAUGGUCAAUCAUGGCUAUUUCUUUCAUAUCUCUCCUCGCCAUGUCGGCUGUGCUCGCUACUUGCUUCUUUGUCCGUAGGCAUCGAGUUAGGCGUCGGCGUAUUCUGGCUCUUAAUGGCAAUGACUUUCAUCGUAUGCCCAAAAGCAUGAUAAUACGUAUGCCUACUACCAUAUUUAACGGUAUUUGUGAUGAAGCAACUACAUCUAUAUUGUGCUGCAUAUGCCUUGAGAAUUAUGAGAAAGGGGACAAGCUAAGGAUCCUACCUUGCCAUCACAAAUUUCAUGUUGCUUGUGUAGACUUGUGGCUUGGCCAGAGGAAAUCCUUUUGCCCGGUUUGCAAACGCGAUGCAAGAAGCAUCAGUACCGACAAGCCCCCAUCAGAGCACACACCCUUUCUUUCUCGGACUCCUAGCAUGACCCCGACGUCAUCGUUUCUCUUAUCAUCAUCCUCCACAACCCCAUUGCAGUCAUCUCAUGAGCUACCAAUAUCCAUCAGAGUAGACCCUUCUUUACCAUCCACCUCAAUGCAGCCACACACAGUUCCUAUGUAUCUCUCCCACUCUCGCUCCCACACAAGCUUCCAAAAUGGAUCAAACCGAUUUUCCCGGCCUAUACCAGUUAGCCGGAGUUCAGCAGAUCUCAGGAACGCCGUUUCCCAAAGAUCUUACAACUCACCCCACCAGGUUUCUUUGCCUCGUUUCCUCCACUCAAGAUAUACGCACAUACUUGGCCCGGGAAAUGCAUCAAGAAGCCAGGUUGUUGGGUUGUUAACAAGCCAGCGCGAGCAUUCACUUCAUCAAAAUGACUCGCGCAGGUCUUUCAUUCACUUUGCAUCUGCGAGCUCCUUACCAGGCUGGUAAAACCGCAAAAAAGGUAACACCGUACUAACCAAAAGGUUCAAUGUCGGGGCUCAUUGCUUUGAAGAAGCAAUCAACUCCUCUGAGGAUGUCCCUCGGCUAUGAAUUUGUGACCAUGCAUGAUUUUGGCAAACAAUAGAGUUAAAAAGAGUGUUCAGUGUGACUGAUAUUCUUCAGCUGUACAGUUGUGGAGUAAUGAUGAAUGUGAGAUGAGUGAGUUUGAAGAGUAAAGCGUCUCUGGUGAAUCAUUAAGCUAACCAUUGAGUGUGGGUAUAUAACUAGCUUAUUACUUUGGUUCUUUGUCUAUAUAUGCUUAAUACUUGUCUUCUAAAAGUUUAACCAUUACGCAGAAACUAUACCGUAUACUUACCGAGUAGAUUAACAGGUGAAGACGAAUAUUAUAAUAUUUUCUUCCUACCGAUGUUACCACAGAUUGAUUUGGCGUAAAGGCCACGGAAGAAAUACAAGUAUUAGAGUCAAUUAAAGACAGAAAUCUAUGGAUGUAUUAGCCAUUGUGAAAGAGUAAAACUCAGGCCUUUUGUCUCUAGGCUUAAAGAAAAACACAUUUCCAAUACUUUGUAGAAGUGUGCCAUUAUCCAACCCUAUCUCUAGUCUCCAAAGACUUUCCGAUCACUCCUAGCUUCCCCUGACCUCGAGGCCGCAAGAUCCCUUAUAGGAAAAAAGGAGAAGUGUCUCUAUGUUUGCUUAAAC